GACUCGGAACCGGCGAUCACUUCAAGAGCAACGGUUAGAGUUCCAGUGGCGGAGACGGCGGCACUCUGCCGGAGUAGCGGCGGCGUAGUGAUCGGAGUUCCUAUUUGGAGUUCUUACUCUUACAAAUCUUGAUGGACUUUCCGAUGAUUUGAGCCUAAUGAAUGGAUUUGGACCUAUUUCUAAAGAAAAACGACGACGUUUCGAAGGAAUACGAUUAACCAAUCAAAACGUCGUCGUCUAUUGCGUUUCUAGGAGUAGUUUAUCCAUCUGGCGUUUCCGUUCUCGGAGCUGGAAAAAAGUUAUGGCCGCGGCCUCACUCUCUCAACUAUCCUUUCUCUCAAAUCCUUCACCCCGAAGCUUAAUUGUUCCUUCGCUUCGGCCAACAACUCCUUUCCGGCGAAUCCACGGGGAUGGUUCUCGUUUCAGAUGCUCUGCCGGUCAGACGGGAUUCUUCACUCGGCUUGGCAGGCUGCUGAAGGAGAAGGCCAAAAGUGAUGUGGAGAAGAUCUUCUCGGGCUUCUCAAAAACCCGAGACAACCUUGCUGUUAUCGAUGAGCUACUUCUGUAUUGGAACCUCGCGGAAACCGAUAGAGUUCUCGAAGAACUCGAAGAGGCAUUAUUGGUUUCUGAUUUUGGGCCAAGGAUCACAAUUAAGAUCGUGGACAGCUUGCGUGAUGACAUAUUGGCCGGGAAGCUUAAAUCGGGUAGUGAAAUAAAGGAAGCGUUAAAGAAGAAUGUCUUGGAGUUGUUGAAAGGGAAGGGGAGCAAAAAUGACCUUCAACUUGGAUUCCGCAAACCAGCUGUGAUUAUGAUAGUUGGUGUUAACGGGGGUGGAAAGACAACAUCCCUUGGAAAGCUGGCUUUUAGAUUGAAAAACGAGGGGGCCAAAAUAUUAAUGGCAGCGGGUGAUACAUUUAGAGCAGCCGCUAGUGAUCAGUUGGAAAUCUGGGCAGAUAGAACUGGAUGUGAGAUUGUUGUUGCUGAAAGAGAGAAUGCCAAAGCGUCAUCAGUUCUAUCACAGGCUGUAAAGAGAGGAAAGGAAGGUGGUUUCGACAUUGUUUUAUGCGAUACAUCUGGACGUCUACAUACAAAUUAUAGCUUGAUGGAAGAGUUAAUAGCAUGUAAGAAAGCUGUGGCCAAAGUUAUUCCAGGGGCACCUAAUGAGAUCUUGCAGGUAUUAGAUGGGACGACUGGUUUGAAUAUGCUGCCACAAGCAAGGGAGUUCAAUGAUGUAGUUGGAAUCACUGGUUUAAUUUUGACGAAACUAGAUGGUUCUGCAAGAGGUGGUUGUGUGGUCAGUGUGGUGGACGAGCUUGGAAUUCCUGUAAAGUUUGUUGGCGUUGGUGAAGGGUUAGAAGAUCUUCAACCUUUUGAUCCAGAGGCCUUUGUUGAUGCCAUAUUUUCAUGAUUUGUGCAAUAUGGGUGGAAACAUUGAUAUUAGUUUGAAAUUGAAGUAAGAGAAGUUUAUGGAUUUUGAUGAGGAAGUGGAAAUGAAGAAUGCCCUGAAAAGUGCAUGGAUCAUCAAAACGAUUGUUCAAUCUAAAGAAAUGCUCAGGCAAAGGAGAAGAAUUAUUUCAUAUAUUUUGAGAGUUGAGGGAGCAAUUUUGAAUUAGUCAUUGAUGUCAGUUGGCGUGCCCGUCAUCGAAGGUGCUCUGACAUUCCUUUCCUGCUUUUGAAGUUUGAUCUCUUCUGAAGCCAACACAUGUUAUGUUAAGUUGGUUAAACACACUCAAUUUGCUUAGGUCUAAGUUAUUCUAAAUACCAAAAUUUACAAUGUAUUGUGUUGUAAUUUUGUAAUUUUCAUCUACCUUUUAAGCAACUUAUCAAUGAUUUUCAUGUGCAGAUACUCACUUUUUAA